AUGGCCCUCUCUAGGAAAUGCACCUUCCUACUAGCUCAUAUAGAGCAGGCUAGUUCUUUUUUAGCUAUUUCUGUUCGCAAUUUGCUUAAUACUGCUUUCUAUUUAAAGGGAAUCAAGGAAUUAGUAAUCUCUAUAGUCUCUCUUUUCUUAAAGAGUAAUAUUAUAGUAAAUACUACCUCUGAGUUUAACUCUGAUUUUUUGGUUUAA